CUUUGGAGGGGGAGUGAGGGAGUGAGUGCGUGUGUGUGUGUCUCGCCUGCCCUUCGCUGCACAGGGGGAGGACCGCCGCCUUCAAGACUAAUGUUAAGGCAUAUUAUUAACCGCCAGUAUGAUCCAGUCAGCUGCAAUGUCACCUACCCACUCGCAAAAGGCAAUGAGUCCUUCCUGCAGCGGAUGUCUCUGCUGCAGUCAAUGGAGGUGCACCGAGGCUGUGUCAACACUGUGGUCUGGGACGCCCCCGGGAACCUCCUCCUCUCGGGCUCCGAUGACCAGCAGCUUGUCAUAUGUGAUCCGUGGGAGCGAAUGACGAAGACGCGCAUCCACACUGCUCACCGUGCCAACAUAUUCAGCGCCAAGUUUAUGCCACACACGGCGAACAAGAAGAUUGUGUCCUGCUCAGGGGAUGGAAUUGUGAUCUAUACGGAUGUGGAGAGGCAGGAGGAGACACACGACUGCAAGUUCACCUGCCACUACAGUACCUGCUAUGAUGUCAUCACCCUUCCUGAUGACCCCCACACCUUCCUGACCUGCGGGGAAGAUGACUGUGUGCGCUGGUUUGACCUCAGGAUCAAGACAAAAUGCUCCAUUCGCGAGUGUCAGGAGGAUAUUUUGCUAAACAUGGGUCGACCUGUGACUGCCGUGGCUGUUAACCCCAUCACCCCGUACCACCUGGCUGUAGCAACCCAAGACUCCACUAUCAGGAUAUAUGACCGACGCAUCCUGGGCACACGGGCAUCAGAUUCAUUCCUGGAGCAGGCUGACAGAGCUCUGUUGAUGCAGCUGAAGCCAGACAGCUUGGAAGGCAAGAGCUAUCGUGUCACCAGCCUGCGUUACAGCCAAGACGGGCAGGAGGUGCUCGCCAGCUACUCCUCUGAUUUCCUCUACCUUUUUGACACUCAAAACUACAAGGAAACAUCCAUGAAGGUUCAAGUGGAUAAUAAUACUGAGGCCAAUGCCGGCCCCACCCUAAAGCGCCUUCGUCUGCGAGGAGACUGGUCAGACACAGGCCCACAAGCCCUGCCUGAGCGGGAGAUGAGGAACCAGGCUGGAGAUGUGGGACAAGCACGACCAACUUUGCAUGCCACUUUGAUGCAGAGGAUGACUGAUGUGUUGUCUCGUAUGCUGAAUGAUCCCAACUCAAGAGCAUCUGCCCAGCGAACAACCUCAGAAUCUGAAUCCUCCCAGGGCCAGUUAAUCCCAGACGCAGCAACUGAUGAAGAGGGCAACACCCCUGAGGGCGUUGGUGGGGAGGACAGUGGUGGUGGUGGUGGUCCAUCCCAGUCCUCUGCUGUGCUUGGUGUUUGUCUUGCUGGUUCAUCCUCCGAACCUACAGAAACACCUGGUACAGUAGCAGAUGAAUGUACUGGGACAGACCAGCUGCUUACAACCAGUCAGGGUGCAACUACACAUCAUAGUGAAGAGCUGGGAUCUGAAAUGAACUGUGAUGAGUCAGAGGUUAACACUUCUGCGAUGCAACAGCCUGUUCAAACAUCAACACUGCAUCUGCCUGACUCCUCUGAGCCUCUCCAAGAGUCUGGAAUUACCGGAAAUGUUAAUUCUACAACGGAUGACAUGGAAGAUGUUAGUCCAGUAGUUGAAGGAAGGAACGACGAAAAAGAAGAAACUCCGCCAAGAAAUUCCUCUGACAUUGAGGGUUUGCAGGACAGAAUUACGUCACUCACACAAGGUUUUGUUGAAAGGCACCAGGUACAACCCUCAGUCAACCUCUCUUACUCUGGCCAAGGCGUCUCCAGCAGCACCAUCAGUCUGGGUGUGGGGGAUGAGGUCUCCCGGGGCUGUGACCCCCACGAAACUGAAGAGGAGACAAGUGACUCCCACACAGAACCUUCCUCAAAGCUUCAGCCCCACCCAGAUCAACCCCAACAGCCUUUAGAAAACGUCACUGGUUCCUCGUCUUCGCCCUCACCGUCCACUUCCACUAAACCACCACCGGUGACUAAGCCACAGACUAUCACCACCUCCACCUCUAGUCCAGCCAUCUGUAAUAUGGAGGCAGAGCCAUCUACUGCGGGUUGGGCUGCCUCAUCAAGGGGAAGUUCAGGGCCUGUGUCGGGUAUGGCUGGGUCCUCUAGUCAUGGGACGAGAGCCAGUGAAUUAAAUGUAGGACCUGCACUGGAGUUUGGAGAUGAUGAUAGUGAUGAUGAGUCCACAAGUGCAAGUGCUCGUAUGGCCAAUGCCUUGGAGAAAGCUGUACAGAAGGCCAGGGAAAAGUGCGCAGGAGGAGGAAGGGAAGAAUCAGAAGUCACAGCACCUCAGGCAGCUGUUCGACAGUGCUACAAGGGUCACCGAAAUACCAGAACCAUGAUCAAGGAAGCAUGCUUCUGGGGAGACACACACGUCAUGUCUGGCUCUGACUGUGGCAGAGUUUUUGCCUGGGAGCGCAAGACAGGGCGACUUGUGAUGCUGUGGGAGGCAGACAGGCACGUGGUGAACUGCCUCCAGCCGCACCCAACACUCCCGAUCCUGGCCACUUCAGGCAUAGACUAUGAUGUCAAGCUCUGGGCCCCGCUGUGUGAAGAAUCUCGUUUUGAUGAAGCCAAGGCAAAGGAGAUAACACAACGUAAUGAUGCACUUCUGGAGGAGACGCGUGACACCAUAACAGUACCUGCAACCUUUAUGAUCCGCAUGCUGGCCUCACUCAACCAGCUCAGGCGAGGAUCAACCUUCGCCGAGCGUUGGAGGAGCCGCCGCCAGGCUCGCAGACAGGGGGAGGAGGAGGAUCAGGGAGGCAAUGAUGAGUAAAGGAUGACAUAAUACCACUUCACUAGCUUACCUUAUGUACAUUGCUUGUUUUUUGUUUUCUUUCAUAGUUUAUCUGUAUUUUAAGAGAUUUCCUUUUGAUGAGUUGUUGCUGCUUGCUAGCUUGCUUAUGAGUGAGUGAGUGAGUGUGUGUGUGUGUGUGUGUGUGUGUGUGUGUGUGUGUGUGUGUGUGUGCACGGAAGCGUUUGCAAACGUGUAUAUCUGAGUGCACCAGCCUCAAUAGCAUGACAAAACCUGUAUUCUGUUGAACAAAAGUUAUCAAAUUUAUGUAAAAAAAAUUGAAAAACUCAGGAAAAAAACAUCAAGACCAAAAUUGAAAUUUGUAUGAAGGUUUCAGGAUAGAUUUAUAACCACUUGGAAAAAGAAAUUUAUAAGCACAAAGAUUACAAUAUUUUUUCUAUACAUUCUUUGGCAUUUCGUGUACGGUAAUAAAAAUGUUUUAAGUAAUACCAAUUGCAUUUGAAGGUUUAUUAGAUUCUGUAAAAUAUAAUGAUUACUCAUUGAGAAGGAAAUACUAUCUGAUCACAAGGUAAUGUUUUGUUCAUCGAAUAAAGCAAACUCUUUCAAUAUUCGCCAUGGAAAUAGUGUGAAUUCUUGAUCCUAACUGCCCUGAGAAUACAUUUUUAAAAACUAUUAUUCUGCAAUUAUAAAUUCCUUGGAGUGAUCUACUAUACUAGGAUAGAUUUUCUUUGUAUUUGUCUGCCUUGUACUUUCUCAUUCCCUAAUUUGUGAUGUAAAUCUUAGUUUACUACCCAAGAGCUGUUUGUAGGCGACUGGGGACCUGGAUAAAUUAGUAAUAUGUAGACACCCAGAGGAGUUGAACUGUAAACAUGUAAUUCAGACUGAGAAUGAAUGAUAAACAGCACUAGUGCAAGGCAGAUGGAGGAAAGUUCAAAUAGAUAUGAAGAAUGUUGACAAUAUAGUAUGUAAUUUAAUAUUCCAAAAGAGGAAUGAUACAAGUUUAAGAGACUGAGGUACAUUGACUAACAAGAGCCUCCAUAAUUGAGGUAUCUAUGAUCAGAGGGUAAAAAGAGCUUCCUCACAGAAAAUGGAGUUGUGUACCAUUUUUUCCCUAUACUUUUGUCCUGUGGUGGAUUUACAUGAGCCGUUCUGGUCCUGCAAGUAUGGUAGAAAUAGUUGGAGAGUAAUCUGUUAGUUUUUGAGUAACAAAAGUUUCUCAUUUAAAAAAAGGUCACAUGUCCUUCUGGUCUUAAACACCUUAAUUGUGGACAAGUGUUACAUCAGGCAUCAAGGCAGAAAGACAAUGAUGUAUGAUUUUUGGCUGAACUGCCCAGCCAUCUAAUAGUGUAUGCUAGCCUCUUGCAAAUAGAUAUCCUGCUCAUGGUAUCUAGGUGUUGCAAGCCUUCAUUUAUGCAGUGACUUCCUUCUUAAUUUGUACUGGACAUUGUUCUUUUAAUUGGCUAUCCAGGCUUCUCUAAUGACUGGUGUACUUAAAAGAAUUUGUCUGAAAGUCAGCCAAGGAAGACCACAAACUAGUCAGGGCCAGGAGAAAACACUCCUCUUGGCAAGGUCACAAAGGACAAAGGUAAAGCCUUUCAGUGCCGCGCAGCACCAGGAAGGUACUAUUUACUUUGCUCAUGGCGAGUCCAGGCAAACAGAUUUUGUUUGAAGUUCCAUCGUAUGCAAUGCUUAGUAUUGAGCAUUUGUGUUUAGAUGCAUUUCUCGUCCUGCCAUUUCCAGGCUGUUCUUCAAAAAGAGAGAAGUUUAGAAAAUCUUUGGACAAAGCUUUUGUGGGCUUGGACUUUGGACAAAGCUUGAGUUCCACAAGUAGUUCCACAGGACAGACAUUCAAAUUUUCCCUAAUGGGGUGUUUUCUUGAAAUUGAGUUCAUUGUAUUAUUGUGCCACCAAACAAAUAGGUAUAGGUUUAGUGAUGCAAAAAAUAGCUCUGGUCAUGUAUGUAAUACUUCCUGCCUUAUAAGAGGUACUCCUUAAUAAACUAAGUUAUAUUUGUGGUGUAAUGAUUGUGUUAAGACAAUUUUGCUAAACUGACUACAUUUCACAAACUUUAUUAAAAUCAUUGUAAGCAGUAAUCUUUGUUUUUGUAAAUGCUUUCUCAGGAAAGGUUGUGAAAUAAAUUCAUAUAUCAGAUCCACUUAAAAUUUUAGAAAAAUGUGUUCAGAUCCUUUUUCCUGGGCCCUCGCAGCUUAUGAUUUUAAUAAGAGCUGACUGACAAAUGGGAACAAAUACAGCUGUGCAGCUAUGCAAGCACACAAAUACAGGGUCAUUAUUUUAAUAAGAUUCUUGCUUUAUUCCAAUAUACUUCAAGGACUUCUUAAAAGAUCAAAUGUCUAUGUAGAAAGUUGUUAAAUGAGAACUGAGGACUUCAAGUUGGGGAGAACUAGACUUUUUAGUAUUUGUGCCACCCAUAGCACUGAUAGGCUCUUUUGAGGGGGCUGAUGGUUGGCCCCAGCCUGUUUGGGGCAUAGGCAAAUUUUACCUGAAAUGGCUAUCCUGAAAUACAACUUGCUUAGCCCAUGCUGCUCCCCAGUGCUCCCUUUUGAGCAAAGUUGCUAAGGUUAGGGUUGAUUGAUGAUCUAGACAGUGGUUCACCAUGUCUAAGUAUUGACCAUUAUUUUGGCCACUGCCUCCCCAAGUUGAAUGAGUUUUGUCAUGCAGUGGCUAGCAGCGGCUCAGUAUGUUGUGUAAAAUCACAGAUAAAUGACUUAUCUGAAGGAGAGAUGUGGUCAAAUCAAGGUUCUGAAGAGAAUGGUUGUUGUGGACUAACAAAUAACAGUUUUUCUCCUCUGAAGUGUUUUAUUAGUGGUAGUGGUAGACAUGAGGUGUGGAGUUGCACUAUUGGGAAGCAAUGAUUUUGAAUAAAAAUCUAUGCACUCUCAUUUUGAACACAAUUAGUAGUAAGACAGAUUAUUUUAUCCAGAAUUAAUAUGUAAUGGGUAGUGGGCAGAAUACAAAGUAAUGAUUUUCAAACUUUCAUCUGUAUCAAUUUGAUUCACAGAAGAAAGUAGUGUUCUCAGUGUCCUUUCUUGGCCACCUUACUAAGAGUGCUAGUCUUGCUUCAGUUACAAUACUUCUCCCCAAACAUGAGUUAUUACGAGUCCAUUCUCAACAAAAGCUGUCGUACACUUAAACCAUAGUACUUUACCCUAUUUAUUAUUUCCUAAGAAUAAACUUCAGAUAGCAAUCUUUCACUACUGCAUUUUAUGCAUUUUGCAUAUAAGAGCAAUUUUCUUGCUUUUAUUCUGAAGAUUACUGCUCCUUAUUUUCAGUAAAUUUAUGAGAAGCCAAACCCUCAAGAAAGAACAAGUCAGGUACUCUUGCAAACACUGUGUAGUGUUUGUUACACCUUUUAUUUGCCUUUCUAAUAACAAUGUAUAUCUGUGUAUAAUAUAUACAUGCAUACACACAAGAUGUGGACCUGCAUAACUCGUUGCAUCCAGUACAUUUGUAAGGGUCAUUCUUUGACAUAACUUUGUGAGUUUAAGCUGAGUGUAUACAUACAGUUUGUUGAUUGUGUAAAACAAUAGUAUUUGUAAAAAAGAUUUUAUGAUGCCUUCCCUGUACAUGGCCAGUCUUUUGUUCCUUUAUUCACUUCAGAAAUAUUCAUAACACUUUGAGGUGGUCAAAUACCUUUCAUGUUCGCAAGAGAUACCUAUCAAUAAUUCAUUUGUUAACUAUCUUCUUGCUUCCAUUGAAAACCCUAAGUUUGUUCUUUUUAUGUGGCAACUAAGAAAUUUCCUAGAACAAGGAACAUCCAGUUUAAGAUUAAUUAUUUCUUACACUGAUUAAUCAAAGCUAUUUGUAAAAUGUUGGUUCAAUUUCAUACAUAACACCUAUAAUGAUUUAUUUUCAUAUGUGGUGGCAGCUUGCCUCCAGAGAAAAAAGAAUAUUGUUGAAUAUAAGUUACUUAGAUAAAAUACAAUAAAUUUUAUACCAGU